AUGGCGAGCCAAUUGGAACAGGAUUCCCCGACGAAGGGUGAGGUCAAGCCUGCCUCGCCGACCUUCGACACCAUCGGUAAAUCCGACGAUAUUGUCCGAGAUGCCAACAUCGAUUUCGAUUCGAGUUCCGAUGACGAAGGUGUCUAUCCAAAGGGUACACUUGACCCUGUAUAUGAGGCCAAGGCCCGCGUUCUCAACCGCGCUAUCCAAGAGAUCGGCAUGGGUCGCUACCAAUGGCAGUUGUUUUUCGUCAUCGGCUUCGGCUGGGCCGCCGACAACCUUUGGCCCAUCGUUACCUCACUCAUUCUCACACCCGUCGCCAACGAGUUCAACCCGAGUCGCCCGCCGCUAUUGACGCUAGCACAGAAUAUUGGCCUGCUUGCCGGCGCCGCCUUUUGGGGGUUUGGCUGUGAUUUCUGGGGUCGUCGGUGGGCAUUUAACAUCACCCUCGGCCUGACCGCCACCUGGGGCCUGGUUGCUGGAGGUGCCAACAACUUUGCCGCCAUUGCGUCCUUCGCUGCCUUGUGGUCUUUUGGUGUUGGCGGCAACCUCCCGGUGGAUGCUGCCAUCUUCUUGGAGGCCCUUCCCUCUACCCACCAAUGGCUGCUUACCGCACUCUCCGUAAAGUGGUCGCUUGCGCAGUUGCUCGCCACUCUCAUUGCAUGGCCCCUCCUCGGAAACCUCACCUGCGAACAGGGCGAGAAUUGCACCAGGGGUGCCAAUAUGGGAUGGAGGUACUUCACUAUCACCAUGGGCGGCAUCACAAUGCUCAUGUUCUUGAUCCGCUUCCUGGCUUUCAAGAUCUACGAGUCGCCCAAGUUCCUCAUGGGCAAGGGCCGCGACGAGGACGCCGUCCGUGUCGUCUACGAAAUCGCCAAGCGGAACAACAGGGACACCGACCUAACUCUCGACCACCUCAAGGCCUGCGAGCCGGAAGGGUACGUCGCUCGGACCGACGUCGCGACGGCCGCCAAGAGAUAUGUCGAGAAGCUCAGCUUCAGCCACAUUCGCCAACUCUUCGCGACUCGUCGCCUUGGCAUUAGCACUGGCCUCAUCAUGGCCAUCUGGGCUCUCAUCGGCCUCGGCUAUCCGCUCUACAACGCCUACAUCCCUUACAUUAUGGCCACUCGCGGCGACGUCUACGGAGACGGCAGCACGUACAUUACCUAUCGCAACAGUUUGAUCAUCGCCGCCGUUGGCGUGCCUGGAGCCCUGCUGGGUGCUUGGUUGGUCGAGCGGCGCUUGGUCGGUCGUAAGGGCACCCUCGCUCUGUCGACUGUGGCCACCGGCGUCUUCCUCUAUGGCUCCACCACCUCGAGGACCUCCAAUGCUCUGUUGGGCUUCAACUGUGCCUUCAGCUUUACGAGCAACAUCAUGUACGCCGUGCUCUACGGUUUCACCCCCGAGUUGUUCCCCACUCCUCAGCGAGGCACGGGCAAUGCUCUCACAGCCACCUCCAACCGCGUGUUUGGUAUUAUGGCGCCUAUUAUUGCCAUGUUCGGGGACCUCCAAACGGCUGCCCCUGUCUACACGAGCGGCGCCUUGUUCAUCGCCGCAGGUAUAAUUGCUCUGUUGCUUCCAUACGAGUCACGGGGCAAGGCGGCGCUGUGA